AUGUCGCAGCAUGCUCAAGAGCAAGAAGUUGCGGUCCGCGCACCCGACUAUCUUACUAACAUCAAGGGAGACCUAUGCGAACUUCCCCCCGAAUACCCGGUCUAUUACUUUUUCUACGGAACAUUGACAGCACCGGCAACCCUUCAACGAAUCAUCGACCUGUCCGAGGAGCCAAAAAUGCGGAAAGCGAAGCUUAUCGGAUACGCGCUUGCGAAAUGGGGCGAUUAUCCUGCGUUGAUAGACGGGAAGUCGGAGCAGGAGAUUUCUGGAUACGCGUAUAUUGUGCAGACCGGAGAAGAAGCCCAGAAGCUUGCGUGUUAUGAAACAAAUGCUUAUAAGGAAGCACACUGCUUGAUUUAUUUUGUCGACAGUGAAAAGCCUACCGAAAUUCCAGGAAAGACAUUCGUGUAUGCUGGGGAUGCAAAUGCCUUGCUAGAACAGCGAUUCGACCGUAAACUGUGGUUGCAUCAAAUGGCUGGGAAAUUAGUGUGA